AGAUGGAAUAUUAUACAAAAAAUUUGUUGACUCAUUGUCAAUACAUGAUAAACUUAAUUUUGCUACAACUACAAUGAACAGUGAUGGAUCCCCAAUUUUCGAAAGUUCUAGAUUUUCUAUUUGGCCGAUUCAAAUGAUUAUAAAUGAAUUGCCUUUGGAUGUAAGAACUUCUAGACCUAUAGUGUGCGGCAUAUGGUUUGGUAAAGAUAAACCAAAUAUGAAUAUUUUUUUAAAACCGUACGUUGUUCACAUGAACAAAUUAUUCACCUUAUGUUGCUGCGUAGACUCUGUUGCCCGUGCACCGAUGCAGGGUAUAGUUCAGUAUAAUGGCUAUUUCGGAUGCAGUUGGUGCUUACAUCCAGGAUAUUAUGUUGUUUACAAGAGAGGUGGAAGUGUAAAAUAUACUUUAAUGAAUGAAGUACCGCCUAAAAGAACUGAAAAUGAAACAAUCGAGCACAUGCGACUGAGUCUUACAUCCCGAAAACCCGUUUAUGGUGUAAAAAAUCCUUCAUGUUUAAUUAAUUUGCAAGGUUUUAACAUUAUAUCUGGUUUUGUACCAGAUAGUAUGCAUUGUCUUUGUUUGGGAAUAGCGGAACAAUUUGUAGGGUAUUGGAUCGAAUCAAACAACUUGUCAUAUUCUUUAUCCAAUAAUGAUAUUAAUAAAAUUGACAACUUGUUAUUAACAAUAAAAGCUCCCAAUCAAAUUGUUCGUUUAUCUCGUUCCAUACGAGAUAGAAAAUAUUGGAAAGCAAGAGAGUGGGAGAAUUGGAUUCUUUACUAUAGUUUACCGAUUUUACUAUGUUUUCCACAUUUAGAAAUAUGGAUAAAGCAUUGGUCACUUCUAGUAGAAGCAUUCCAUAUUUUAUUAAAGAAAAGUAUUACACGUAACGAAGUCAAUCAUGCUCAUACUUUAUUAACAAAAUUUGUUGAUUACACCGAACACUAUUAUUUCAAAGCUGUUAUGACGUACAACAUCCAUCAACUAUUGCAUUUGGCACAAAGUGUAGCAGAUUGGGGCCCACUUUGGGCUCAUUCUGGCUAUUGUUUUGAAAAUGGAAAUGGUCAAAUAGUUCGAAAAGUGCAUGGUGCUAAGGGCGUUGUACAUCAAAUUUGCAGAUCGAUAUCAAUGAGUCAAAGUGAAUUGAUUUUAAAGAAACAUAUUGCUUUGAAAGCGUUUUCAAAUGUAAGUAGUUUUAUUUCUUAUCUGGACAAAAAAAACGCAAAACAAACAUGUAAAUUAUCGCAUGCAAGAUACUUUGGACCACAUUAUAAAACUAGUUUAAUGUGGAAAGAAGAACUUGAAUUAUCAGAUGAAAGUCGAACAUAUCGUAAAAUGGUAAAAGAACGAUGUUUGUACACAUCAUCAAGAAGAAAUAUGAUUCGAUCAGAUAAUUCGUAUGCUGUAACAACAGAAGGAGAUUUUAUUCGCAUUAUAGAAUUUAUUAUCGAUAUUCCAACAAGGAAAGAGUACACUAUCUGUCAUUUAGUGAUUAAAGAAGAUAUUUUUAAUAACAAUUCUUUACCAUUGAAAAAUGAUGACACGAAUAAGUAA